UGGAAGUUUUCUAGAUAAAAUGUUGUUUUCCUGCUUGCGGUAUGUACAUGUUUGCGUCACCUCCACUUUUCUUUUUCAAUUUCUUUCAUACAAUUUUUGUACUUUGCUUGCCGAUAGUUUUACUCUUAAAGAAAGAUCUCAAACAAAUUCCAUUCUUUUCGACAAACAAUCGAGCAAAGCAUCGGUAUCCGCAGUCUCCGGUAUUCCAUUACAGAAAACGCGGAUCUAGUCCUUGGCCGAAGCGGCGAGAAAACGAGACGCGAGCAAAUAAACGGGCAAUUGAUACAGAAGAGGAAGAAGAAGAAGAAGGAGGAGGAGAAGAAGAAGAAGAAGAAGAAGAAGCGGAGGGCGUGGCGAAAGAUGCCGGAUUCCGGAUCGAGGGAUUCGGUGAACGGAUCCGCCUGUCCUUCGACGAUUCCGCUGGUUCCUGGUUCGAAGACACCGUCGCGCCGCGCCGACUCGGUGUUUUCCCCUCUGCCGUGUAUAUAAGUCAAAACCAGAUCGGAAGCAAGGUGCACAGCCCGAACAGUCCCUCGUCGAGCAAGGAGGUUCGCACAGGGAAUACGUCAACCGAUCGCAAGAUGCAAUCACUGAUUCCGUUGUUGCUGGCUCUGAGCCUAGCUUCAGCAGUACGUCUGAACCUGGUCCCGUACGCGUACUUGUCCAGCCCUGUGCCCGUGUUCAAUCAUUUCCAGAACACGAGGACAGGUGAACAUGCUUACAGCUACGCUGGUGGGCCAUCCGCGAAAGAAGAGAUCAAAGACGCCGAUGGAAUUCUCCGUGGUUCCUACAGCUAUGUGGACGCCAAUGGAAUUCUUCAAUCAGCCUUCUACGUCGCCGAUGAGAAAGGAUUCCGUGUAGCCGCGACGAAUAUUCCGUCGGAUGAAAAUUCUAACAGCGAAACGACUGGCAUCGUCCUCGCCGGGAGCGCAGGCGAAGCAUCUUGGACGUUCAGUCGCAGAAGACGUCGCAGCUUGGAGGAUUCGAACGUGGAUUCUAAUGAAAAUAAUGGAAAUCGGAACGGGCAAUCUGAGAAUUUUGAUAAGGAUAAGGGUAAGUAUGGCGCGCAAGAUUCGCCACAGAUCGUGUCGCAACCUCUGUUGUUGAGCAACGACAUUCCGCUGGCGACCUCGCAUCAGAGUCAAGUUCAAGUGCACAGCAGCGCGCGAUUGGACGUGGCGGAAGGCGAGGCCAAGGCGAAACCGGUUGACCUGCAGCCGAUCCUGCCGGUGCAGACCAUAUUGGAAGGGUUGCCGGUGCUCGCUCGCGCGCCUACCUAUCACGAGAAUCGCAUAGAAUUGCACAAGCAGUUGGGAAUCGAGGGGCCCAGUCCCAAAGACGCGGUUAAGAUAAAUCCAGAGCCAUUGACCAUCGUCCGAUCUUCCCCGCCGGCUAAUUACAUUGCUUCUACCAUCGUCCCUAGGGGAACUGUUGCUGCGGUGCCCGUCAUCGCCGAGCAAGCUAUACCUGUUAUCCCAGCUGUUGAAAUUGGCACCUCGUCCGUAACCACGUCCAUCUCUAGUCACGGUGUCAGUCAGAUUCAUGGACCAUGGAAAAUCACCGACGAAGAUGUAGCUAUCCCUGGUAUUCCAAGCGUCGUUGCUAAAGAAAGUAUUCCCGUAGCCGUGGAGAAGAAGAACGUACCGAUUACUACUGCUGGAAUCGUUAAAGAGGCUGUUCCCGUGAUACCAACUGCCAAGGAAGCUGAUCUGGCUACAGCUACGGUUACUACAUCCGUUUUCAGUCAUGGGAUCAGUCAGAUUCAUGGCGAUUCCAAGGUGAAAAUCGAACCUGCGUGGCUAGUUAAGGCUACACCCAUUGCUCAGCUUCAUCCCGUUGUCAAUGUACCGAUUUAUUCGAAACGAAUAGAUCCGCGAAACGAGUAGAAAUUAAAUGGGUCGUCG